GAUGCCUGCAACAUCCGGUGCUUUCUGACUUGGACUGGCAGACGCGAGCUCCGAGACUGCAGCCAUCAACAGCCUACCCGCCUUUGCUUUGCGUAUCUGACAAGAGGCUAGCUAAUUGGCGACUACCUUUACUACGACGGCGGCGUCUGGGUGUGGCUGCCAGUAAGAGACGGGGCUCAGCCACGGCCAAUACUGAGCCCCUGUCGUGCGGCCCCGCCAAAGAGUAAGCUACACCUUUUGGGACAGGCUGCACACCACCAAGACAAGCACAAAGCCGGCUGUAAAGGUCAAUGGUCGAUAAAGGAUGAUGGACGGCACAGCAGUAGCUGAUGGGAGCUGGGUGGAUGCAUAUGUAUGGGCCACAAUGCGCGCUUUAGACAUUGGACCAAGAACAACCACCGUCUUUUGUCUUCUCAGGAACCUACAUGUACCAGUAACGACGAAACCAAAAACCAGCAGCUCCGAAUCUCGGCGACAUACUACAAGCAUCUUCUAGCGCCUUCAACAACAGGAACAGGCCAUCCCACGAACCCAGGGCACUCUAACACAGACACAGUCAAGCAACUCAAAUAACCUCCUAACACUUCCAGGUUAGCACUAGACAGACGGCACAAUGAGCGGCUUCUCAUCCCCCGCCGCCUCGCCCCGCGCCCGCUCGCGCUCCCGGUCCCCGACCCUCAACACCACCAAGCAGCUCCCGUCCAUCCCCGAGGACUUGGAACCGACCACCGCCUUCCCUCGCCCGCCAUCGCCCCCGCCCUACGACGAGCAGGACGAGGAGCGCGCGGCGUUGAUCCGCGAGCACCUGCACCGCGUCUUCGAGCUGGUCAACAGCAGCGAACAGGCCGCCCAGCUGCACCAACCGCGAGCAAGCCGCCCGUUCCAGCCCCGCGUCCAGUACAACUUCGACCCCGAGUGGCACGGCGCCCGGGCCUCCGAGUUCUACCAGGCCGCCCGUCGCCGCCAGCAGGCCCAGAUAUUGGGUUUGUUGCUGUUCGGGCUCUUCAUCUUCUCCUUUGUCGGCUUCUUCGUCUUCUUCGUCGUCGUCGCCAUCCGCAGUCACGGCCGCACGGCCGCCGAGUGGGAGAAGCGGAGGCAGUGUCUCGUCAGCCACGGCAGGGCGCCUCACUGUCAAGGUUCCAGUGUUUAUGACCGCUGGUGAUCAUACUGACUUUUGUAUUUUUCUUCUCUUCUUCCCUGUUCUUUGAUACCCAUUUCUUUUUUCUAUUUCUUUUCUUCCAUCAUCUACAUAAACAUGGCGUUCGGCGGUGGGGGGCAUCCGACAGUCUCGGCAUGUACCUGUAGCAUUUCUUUGGCGUUCAGGAUUGCGUGGAUUCUAUGCAAUUAGGCAACUAUUCAGCGGACCAACUCAGGUUUUGCUUUGGAGAAAUUGAUCCAUAUCUCAAACAA